AUGGUGAUGAACAAACAACCUUUUAUGUCAGGCACUGUUGACGGACUAAAUGAUCAAAUUAGAAAUGCGGAAGUCGAGUUUUCAUCAUCUGUUUCUCCUCAGUUCUGUUCACUUGUUAGUUUGUUAUUGAAGAAGGAUCCUAGUGAGAGAUUGGAUUGUAUAGAAAAGGUUUUGGAGCAGGAUUUCUUUAGUGAUAUGGUUUCUAGUUUAUCAUAUGGGUUUUGA